AUUUUACAAAAUAAGGAGAAAUACGUGCCGAAAAAAAAAGGACCAAAUAAAUAAUUUCUGUGAAAUUGAAAUUCACCAUGGGUGUUAUAGGAAAUAACAGCACAAAUUCUAACACCACAGUUUUUAUGGACUUUGGAUUCAAUUUACCAUGGUGGCAACAAUUUCUAUUCAUCACUGCGUUUUCGUUCCUUUUCAUCGUCGCCGCGGCGGGAAAUAUCAUCGUCAUUUGGAUUGUAAUGGCACACAAGAGAAUGCGGACAGUGACAAAUUACUUCCUUGUGAACUUGGCUAUUGCGGACACUUUGAUUUCCGUACUGAACACUUUGUUCACGUUCACGUUCUGUCUGUACCAGGACUGGUGGUACGGGGACGCGUAUUGUCGCUUUACACAGUUUAUUAGUUUGUGUACAGUUACGGCCAGUGUUCUCACCUUCAUGGCCAUCGCAAUCGACAGAUAUAUGGCUAUCAUACAUCCCCUCCGGCCACGCAUGACUGGUCGGGUCGUACUGGCUAUCUGUGUCAUCUGGGGCGUGUCUACAUUCCUCUCCAUACCAAACCUCAUUUACGGAAGAACCAAAGUAGAAAAAUAUGGCAAUAUAUCAAUCACCAUUUGCUAUAUACAGUGGUCAGACGGAAAUGCCGCUACGGGAAGUGAGACCGAUUUUGCAUACAAUGUGCUCAUUAUUUUGGUGACGUACCUGAUGCCCAUGACAACACUGGCUGUGACGUAUUCGAGGAUAGGGGUGGAACUAUGGGGGAGUCGGGCUAUCGGAGAGAACACACCCGUACAGUAUGAACGGAUCAAGUCCAAACGCAAGGUGGUGAAGAUGAUGGUGGUUGUGGUGGUGAUAUUUGGGAUAUGCUGGGUACCGUAUCACCUGUACUUUAUAUUCGCUUCCUACACGGAGAUAGAGCGAUAUAACAAUGUCCAGCAGGUCUACCUGAUUAUCUACUGGCUGGCAAUGAGUAACUCCAUGUACAACCCACUUAUCUACUGCUGGAUGAACGCAAAAUUCCGCCAGGGUUUCAUCCGAGUGUUUUGUUGUUGUCCCUGUUUACCUUGUAAGCGCGCGCGGAACACGAUACGUCACGGGCGGACACUAUUUCCCGCCGGACAAUACACAACGACCGAAAAGUACGACAGGAAUGGGUCCAUGAUGCACACGAUGACAGAAUAUGUGGAUGACCACAACAGUGCAGUGACGAGGAAAGACAAGAAGGGCAGGCGGGACAGCGAUGAUUACCUGUAAAGACAUGAUCACUCGGCAUUUGUGUUGUUUUCAGAAGAAUGCCAAACUCUAUUUGAAUUGCCCAGCAUAAACUGGCCUGUGCUUUACUUAGGCAAGCGAAUGUAUAAGUGGCAACUUUGCUUCAAAUAAAAGUGUUUUGUACAUGGAUGUAGGCCAAACGUCUUAUAAGAUUUCACCUGAUUUUUUGAAUUUUGAUUAAACAAUUCUAAAAAUGAACGUAAAGUGGCAUUAAUACAUGUGUAAUGAGACAUCCCCGUUAAGCGGAGGCAUAUUCCCAUAAAGUGAUGACAGAAAGACGUGUUAAACUCGUCAUGUUGGAAGAAAUGUGCUCUCAAUGCACUGGCAUUUUGUUUUGUUUUGUGAUGUAAUAGUAGAGGGAUAUACUUCUCAUUGAUGGCGGAGCGAAUGCUCGUGAUGUGAGGGCGAAAGGAUAUGCCCAUUCGGUGAUUGCUGAAGGUUUUCAUCACGUGAUGGCAGGACUCGGCUCUGACAGAGCUGUACUUAAUAUGGUGAUGGGGGAUUUGUUGCUGCGCAGUACAGAACUAUACAGUCGAACUGAUGGUUACCACACGUGGUAGUCGCAAAUUCUAAAAGACAUGAGACACUAUAUAUAAGUUUCUCCUGACGUUAUAUAAAUAUUACAUUAAAUGAAGAUAAACAAGGAGCGAUGAUUUAUAUAAGUUCCCUUCCAGGACACUUAAGGAGAACACAAUAUUUUGAAGCUGGAGGUUCGCGUUUGUUAUCACGUGUAUUUUAAUAUGUUGGAAAGACAUGUUCAUAUUUAUAUGCUACAUGUUUAUUUUGUUAGUAUGAAUAUCCACGGGUAUGAUCACCUUUUAUCGUGAUCGAUUAGAUAAGAAAUGGAUAUUUUCCUAUACCAUCCGUCUCCCGUAGAGAUGCAUGUAGAAUGUUUCUCAUCGGUAGGAAAUCUACCUUGACCUUUUAAACGUUACGUGUUGUAUUGAUUUAUGUAUUUUGCAUAUUUUAGCCUUGUAAUAUUCCCGUUUAUACAUAAUUUGUGCAGAACAUGUUUAUCAGUUCCUUCUCGUGGCUACCUGGUCAAAACCCUGAUACCUGCUAUUGAUAUCGACCAAGGCUUGCUUGUUCCGCAUCCCUUGUCAAAGUGUUCAAUUGCAUCAUUCCCGCCAUCCGACUUUGUGUGUCCGACCAUGCUUUACGAAGCCUUUGAAGCCUCGAUGAGGUUUUGUAUCAAAAUUAAUUCGCCUAUGUCAUGGAUCCUCAUAGUAAAUUGAUAUAUAUGCGAAAACUUGCAUGAUUCAAAAUGGAAUUUUUAUAUUGGAUUUUGUACACUUCAUCCCUCAUUGGGUUUCAUAGAUUAGCUUCAAGCGAUAUACGAACCUAGACCCAUUGCCGGCAUGGCGUAAAAGAUAUAUCACACAUAAGAUCGAAGACUCUGUGAGAGCGUGAAUGGCGUACGAUACGCGAUGCUUGACAACAUGGCGUAAAUUGUAUUAUAAAAAAUCUGACACUUCGUAAAUGUAAGGCGUAUAUGUACAAUUUGUCAAUGUUAAACGUCACCAUUUUGCAAUCCAACAGAAUUGUGAUAGGAUAUUAUCUACUUUAAUUACUUAUAUGGAUGUGUGCACAUUGUAUUUAAGUGCAUAGAUUUGUAUUUAUAUUGUAUUGGAUAUUUAGAAAGCUAUAUACAGACACUGCUAUAACUUAAAACUAUCUUUUUAACGCGAAAACUGUUAAAAUUGUACAUGUAGAAUAGGUAUGAAGAUAGAUAUGUUUCCGGUUUUUUCUGUGGAGAUCAUUUUAUAAUUUUGAUUUGAAUUAUGAAAUAAGCUCGUAAAAUAUGGCUAUUGUUUGUGAGAAUAGCUCAUUGAUCAGCAUUCGAUUAUGUAAGCAUAUUCUUACUGUACAACACUUGCGUGCUGUUUUGUUUAUAAACUGUUUUACGUCGACAGCUUACUGUAGUUCAAUUUGAUACGCAGAGGAGUAUAGUGGGUUAGCAUAUUUAUUGCCUGAAGAAUCUCCCCUGCCUAUUUGCGCUCUCAAUUAUAAGCCAUAUACAAUGAAUGUGAACCUUAAACAAGUGUAUUGUAAUACAUUUAUCUCACUUACAAAAAAAGAAACUACUUGCGUUUAUUCUUUAUUUUGUCCAUUUUCCUGGCGGAGAACUAUAAUUCAAUGUUUUCGUUCUGUUUCACUCACAUAAAUAUCAAUCAUUAUAAAGCUGAUCCCAAAUUUGCAAACAAUAAACACAUCGGUCAUGAUUACUAAAUUUUCCAAAAUGUAGUUAGUGUUGUAUUUAUGGAGAACGUUUUGUUAUUCCAAACAUAACCAUACAUAUACUAUUGCUUCCAUCAUAGUCUUCAUCGACUCGCUGUAGAAUUAUGUAUUUCUCAUACUGAACAUUGGUUUCUAUAUAAUCAACCACGCAACAUGGUUUGUUAAGCUAUUUCUUUGUUUGUAUAUAAUGACCGUUCGCUAUAUGUAUAAACAUGUAUAUAAUCAUUCGUUUACUGUAUAAGGAAAAGGCGCGUGACCAUUAUAAUUGACUAUGUGUGAAAGGAACAGUGCAUUUAUUUAUUACAUUAUGAAAAAUUAUAAAUCAUGUAAUAUAAGAUUAUUUAUUGUUAUUCAAGAUUGUUU